AUGAAUAAAAUAAUAUUGUCAAUUUUGUAUACUUCUCUGCUGAUUGCUUACAUAGUGAUAGAUAUUGCUUUUAAUGAUGAACUUUGGGAUGUUAGCAAAUCGUUUGCGUUAUCAAUGCAAAAAUCUAUUCCUGUUUUUGAAUAGUUAGUUUAUGAAUUCUUCUCAGACAUUGUUUUUAUUCCACCAAUAGCAGCAUUUUAUUGUUUCAUAUAUGAUGACAACAAAUUAAACUCAUUGCUUUAUUUGAGUGUAGUUGUAACAAGUGUAACUACAAAUGAGAUUUUAAAGAACAUUUACCAUUAAGCAAGACCAUAUAUGAUUGAACCUGAGAUUAAGAGGUACCAAUAAAUUAAAUUUUAGUUUAAAAUGCAACUCAGAUUAUGGUAAACCUUCAGGGCACUCUCAAAACUCACUUGUGAUGCUUAUUCUUAUGCCGGUGUUACUUUUCCCAUCAAUUAAACAACUAAGAAGAAAUAAAGUCUAAGUUGAAUUUUAAGAAAGUAUGUAUCCAUAUAGAUAAAAUUAGAUCUUGAUAAAGGAGAAUCCCAUUCAGGGUACACAAUAUAUAGUAUCAAAACUUCCGAGCUAAGAGUAACAAUUAUAAGAAUAUUUAGUUAAGAAUAGUUAAUAAUAAGUAAAUACGAAUAUUUAAUCUAAAUGUAAAAUUGCUUUGAAAUUGAUGCUUAUUAUAUUCAUCCUUCUCAGUAUAGUGAUGACUGGAAUUUCUAGAAUAUUUCUUGGAGUUCAUUCUUUAGGAUAAGUGAUUCUUGGAUGGGUUUGGGGUAUAUACAUAACUUUAAUGUAUAUUUUCGUCAUUCAUGAUCCAUUAAAAUAGUAUUUAUUAUAUAAAUUUAGGUAUAUAUUAAAGUUACUAAAUCCCCAAAGGAGUAGAUUAGAGGAAAUCAAUCAUUUUAUUCCUAUGUCAUUUUUCCUAUUAUUAAUCCUGUUAGGAUUAUCCUUGGGAUUAUUAAAAUUGAAUUCCUUAGUAUAUUAUGAUAAAUAGGAUAUGAGUAAAUGGAUUGCAAGAAUCAACGAAUGUUAAUCAACUCAUUACACUAAGGAUUCCCCAUAAAUAUUAUUUAAUUCUUGUUUCCAGUUAACAGCAAUUGGAGCUGUGAUUACAGGAUUAUUGGUUGGAGCUAUGUUAGCCUAGGGUUCUUAUGAAGAAGGGCUCUUUAAUAAGUGGAGGUAAAAGCUUCCAAAAAUGUAGCAUUUUAAGAGAUUACUCUUAUUAUUACUUCCAUUUUUAUUUUUGAUACCAUUCUUAUUUAUUAAAUCAAAUUCCGUAGUUAUUCAGUUAAUAUGCAAAGUAUUGAUAAAUAUGAUUUUUAGAUACUUCCUCUAUCUUUUGGAGCAGGAUUUAUUAUCAAUGGAGUCUUUCCAUAUCUUUUAAGAAGAUUUAACUUACAAAUACCUGGAGAUUUUCUAUUUUUAUGCCAGAGAAAGUAUUUACUUGGUGACUAAAGUUAAAAUAGCUUGUAUUAAUAAAUAAAAGAGUAUAAUGAUUAAUAUUAACAUACCCUUUGA